CGAAAACGGGUUAUAAUUUUAGCUAUAGAUACAUCUGGACACAUGGACCGUCCUCGGCAGACGCAUAGAAAUGACGUCAUUCCCGGCAUGAGCCGGAAGAAUAGUGUAGAUUUAUCCUCGGAGGAGAGGAUGGAAGUAGACUGUAACCCGGGCAGCCAGAGUAGAGAGGCAUUUGAAGACACCGGGGAGCUCGCAGACGUGAAGGACAUGAGACAGGAAGCCGAAGCCGUGGUCAACGACGUUCUCUUCGCCGUAUCCGCGAUGUCCGUCUCUCAGGUUCUGCAGAACGCUGUCGAUGUGGCUUACAUCAAUGUGCAGACGAGAGAAGGCAACCGCUACUGCCUGGAGCUCACAGAGGCAGGGCUGAGGGUGGUGGGGUAUGCCUUUGACCAUGUGGAUGAGAGUGUGACGACGCAGUACCAUGAAACUGUUUAUUCCCUGCUGGACUCCCUCAGCCCUGCUUACAGAGAAGCCUUUGGAAAUGCCCUGCUGCAGAGACUAGAGAGGCUGAAACAAAAUGGACAGUAACAGCACCAGCACUGUGAAAGUACUGUAGUUAAGCAAGGGUUGCUGCUGAGGGUCAAACACAACCAUUAUAAUCAUUAAACUUGAUAAAUGAUUUUUUUCAGCUAGGCCAAUACUAGGCCUAAUUGGCUUCCACAUGUUAACAUAUCUUGAUCUGUGUUUUGUGCACAGGAAAGGGUCAGAGGCCCAUUGCAACCAAAAUGCUCCCUGUGAGUGCACUAUUAGGUCAAACCCAGUUUAAAAUUAAUUACAAGUUAGACUCUCAUUGUCCCUUUAAGUUGACCCAUUUUUUAAAUUCUGGUAGCAUUUAGGCAAGCAUAUAAACUAUUUAAAAAAUGUACAAAUCAGUUGAUUUUUGUAACCAUAGUACAGUUUCAGUGAUAGUUAUUUUAUAUGUACAAUUUGUAUACAGAUGUAUAACAGUACAUAAAAAGCAACAACCCUGCUUAAUGUAUUCCUAUUUGCAGACUAUAGAUUGCACUAAACUACAUUUUUCUCCUCCUUGAGCUUAUCAUCUACCUGUAUCACCUGAAACUUGAUUCAUGAACAAAAAAUAUACAGUAUUUGUUGGUCAAGAUAUUGCUAUUUAGCAACAGCCAAAGAGACAGAGGUUAUAAGAAAUGUUUUUAUCCCCAAACAUUAACUACUGGAAGUUUAUGGAUGCCUUAAGAAUUGACCAUGGUGUUGCCUUUAGUCACAUUUAAAUAUUUGAUUAACUGUAAAAUAGUAUUUUCCUUUAUUUCCAUGGCAAUUUAUAAUUUAGUCAAAAUGAGCUGUUAUGGAGAAUGAAAGAUAAGCAAACAUAUGUAAUGUGACAGUAAGUGUGGCGUUUCAUAGAUAUUUGUUAAAGAUUAUGGAAGUCAUGUAGACUGUUUGAAUGACCAGUCACUGCCAUUUCAUAUUUUGUGGUCUUUACCCAUAAACACAGUAAAUCCAUCAUCUCCAGUCUUUGAAGGCAGCAUAGUGUUUGGAUAUUGCGUCCAUAUGAGUUGAAUUAAUAUUUGAGGGAUGACUGUCAUAUUGUUUUAGACCCUUUAAUCUUAAAAAUGGUGAUUUCAAUAAGAAAAAAAAGCUAUUUUCUGAGAGAAGUAUUUGAGCUACACAAAAAUCUCUUUGACAAAGGUAACGUGUUAAAUUUAGAUUUUCCUGGGCAUGUCAUAUUACAUUUUUUGUUUUUUUUAAUGGAGUCUGGAUUGGAGUGAGGGGUGUUACAAUUAAUUUUUUGAAUUAGCAAAACCACUACGAUUCCAACAUGUAAAAGUCAGAAAAGUCUAUAAAAUGAAUAAGCAAGCCUUAGUAUUGAAAUUACAACUGGAGAAGGUUAUUAAUUAUGUUCUACAAACAGUGCACAAAAGAAAAAUGAGCAUUUAUUCUGCAUUGUAGUACAUACCGUGUACUAAAUAAGUUGCUAAAUUCUCUAAUGGGAAGUAGCUUUUGCACAAAUUGUUUUUUUUGACAUUCGAUGAGCAUACAUGCCUGGGUAACAAUGUACUCUUAAGAGGUGAACAAUUACUACUUUCAGUUUUUUGUUCACAUACCUUAUAAUAGAUUUAGACGUUGUUGGUUUUGCAGUUUUGUUCCAUUUCCUUCUGGAUAAUAUGUUGUAGUCCUAGCGCUGUCUUCAAAUCUUCAUAUUGCUGCAGAGUAAUACAUUACAAUAUGGUGCAGUGGCUUAUGUGUAUAAUAGUAUGCUUGUCUGUCAUGUUAAAUGGGUAAUUUCUUCACUAGGUAGUGGUUAAUAAUGUACACAUUAUACCAAUUUUCAUGUGUCAAAAACAUUUAAGAACUAUUUCAAGACAAAUGUUGAUGCUUAACUGACUUUGUCAACAAGCUCAGAAUCUAUAGAAAUAUAAAACAAUAGAGAUGGUCUUCAGAUCAGAAAUGUAACACUUAAUAUACAUUUGACAGAAUUUAAACUAUAAUUUGUACUUAAGUAACCAGUGUGCAAUGGUUUACUUCACAUAAAAAUCAUAUUUGUCUGGAAUUCUGUUUGAAAACAAUUUAGACUUUUAAUAAUUUGUUUUGUUUGUGGCCACUAAGUGAUUUACUUUGGCAUCAUCUGAUUAAAGAUAACUAAUCUACAAAGAUA